AAGAUGUUAGCUAGCCUCUUCCUGCAGGGGCUCAAACAAACGCUUCGAUCUUCAUCUUAUUGUCUUCUGUUCCCUUUGAGCGGCACACAGCCAUGACUCCAAAUAAUUUGAUCCACAUCGUAAAGAAAUAAUGACGAGAGUGUGUGUUUAAAGGGAUUUCUCUAGUUCUUGGAGCCUGUGUGUAUUGUGUUUGUGAAGGGGGGGGGGGGGUCUAUUCAGGUCAACUGUCCCGUCAGUUUAACGUCAGUGCAGUGAGGAGCAGUCGUCAUGGCAGCUCCGGUGAACAUCCAGACUCCCAGUAAGAGCUGGGAGCUGAGUCUGUAUGAACUCCACAGGAGCCCUCAGGAGGCGAUCAUGGAUGGGACGGAGGUGACGGUGUCUCCUCGCUCCCUGCACAGAGACAUCAGGUGUCCCAUCUGCCUGGAUAUGCUGAAGAACACCAUGACGGCCAAAGAGUGUCUGCACCGCUUCUGCUCCGACUGCAUUGUCACCGCGCUGAGAUCAGGGAACAAAGAGUGUCCCACCUGCAGGCAGAAGCUGGUCUCCAGACGCUCGCUGCGCCGGGACUCAAACUUUGACGCUCUGAUCUCCAAGAUCUACCCGAGCCGGGAUGAGUAUGAGGCACACCAGCGGAGCGUCCUGGAGCGCCUCAACCGGCUUCACAACAAGGAGGCGCUGAGCUCCAGCAUCGAGGAGGGGCUCCGGCAGCAGGCCCGCUACAGGUUCGAGAGGAACCACCGGGUGAAGAAGCCGAUCCAGGAGAGUGACAACACCACUUUCAGCGGGGGGGAGGACAAUGCCGACGCUCGCUCCCACCUGUCUCAUGACUUCGCCCACAUCCCCCCCCCCCCCGGGCAGACCCCCUCAGUGGCCGGGCCGAGCAGGAAGCGGCCGCGGGCUUCAGACGAGGGCUCGGGGCCUGAGGCAGACAGCGGCAACCCCACCCCCUCGCCACGCCACCACAAAGAGGGGUCGGCCUCCAAAAUCGAGCUGAUGUUCAAACCCCACCCCGAGCUGGUCCGCGGCCAGGACUACAACCAGACCAGAUUGUUGAGCACGACGGUCAAUGCCACUGUGGACCACAUUUCCAAAUACCUGGCUCUGCGCAUCGCCCUGGACGACAGACAGACCGACGCAGAGAUGGAGGACAGAGGGAGGGAGGAGGGAGGGGGAGGAAGAGAAGAGGAAACAGGAGCAGCAGGGGGAGGAGGAGAGAGUGGAGGAAGAGCAGGAAAUGGAGAGGGCUCGGGUCUGAAAACCAUCAGUGAGAAACAUCACACCAUCUACAUCCUGACGAGAGGAGGACAGUUCUCUAAGCUGAACGGCUCUCUGACUCUGGAGUUGGUCGAGGAGAAAUACUGGAAGGUGAGGAAGCCUCUGGAGAUUCACUAUGCUCCCACCAGGGACCAGCAGCAGGCAGCCCCGCAGCCACAGCAGAAGUCCCCCCCCCCUCAGAGGGACGGGUGAGGGGGGGCACCCCAGUGUGGUUCCAGAAUGAGGCCUAAACCCUGGGUUCACUUGCUUUUAAAUCGUUUUUUUUAUUUAUUAGAUUUGGUUAGAUGCCUGGAAUAAGAAAGAAAAAACCCAAACCUCUUAAUAACAGCAAAAAAAGAGUCUUGGCUUGUGUUCUGGUGAAUAAUCAGGCUGCGUUCCAACAUUUAACAACCGACCACGUUUAUAAAGACAAAGCUGUGCAGUCGGGGUGUCUGAAAUGUGAAUGAAUUAUUUUUAGGUAUCAGGGUAAAAAAGGUUUUACAUUCCAAGUUAGAUUUUUCUUCAAAUACUCACAAAAUAACACAAUUGAAUGUCUUUUAAUAGGAAAUGACAUCAAUCUAUUAAGGUUAAUACAUGUGGCAGCCAGCCAGGAAAAGUUAAAUAUAUUGUGUCAUAAAUGUGAGUCGUUUUUAAUUAUCUCAUUUUGUUGACACUUCCUUUGUCAAAUCUAUGGAUUACUUAGUUAGCAUUUUCAAACAUUAAAAUUAAGAGAUUUCAUUUCAAGUCAAAAGUAUUAGAUUAUAAUUCCAAGAAGUUAAUUUGUUGUAUUUCAAAGUGUGUCCGAUCAAAUACUUUUAAAUUCCUCACACUUUCUUUCUUCAGACUGAUAGUUGUCCAUAAAUGUAUUGCUCAAGUUAAUGAGAUUCAUCAUUUCCUGUUAUGUGAAAGGUUUGUAACUGAUCUGUUUUAACUUUGACUUUCAGACUCAAGUUAUUAUUUUGUCUUCAAUGAGACCAGUUUUGUGGAAAAAUGUGAAGAAAAAAGAAAAGUGUAAGGUCUGCAUUAUUCAUGUAUGAUUGUCUAGAAUUAAUCGGCUUUCUUGUUCUACAGUACCACUUGUUUUUAUGCCACCAGAGUCAGAACUACAUGGUUUAGAUUAAGACACAGCUGUACUGAACAUUUCCUUUUCUGCGAAUGUAUCUUAUACAUUAUCAAGGGCUGGAGCCUAUGGAGCAUGCACUGGGGUAGGACAGGGUGACUACACAUUUUAUGAGCAAUAUUAUUCAUGGAGUUGUUUUUGGAUAGAUAGAUUUUUUUUAAUAUUACUUUCAGGUGUAACUUAAGACUUAAUUUGCAAGUGUAGACCGUGUUCCACCUUAAAAUAUGUAGCUUUGAAACCCACCAACAUUUCACUUUAUGGUUUCCACACUCCACAGGGGGUCAUGGUCUCCUUAUAGGCCAUUAAGACUAGUUUGAUUUAACCAUUUGUUUUAAUGCACUUUAUAUUUCCUGCAGCCAUAACUUUGCCUAGCUUACCUAAGUUUUAUGGAAUAUUUGUAUAUUAAGAAAUGUUUUCUUCAGUUAUACUCUCACAGUAAUGUGGCACAGAAUAAAACAGCUUUGUGCAAACAGU